AGUUUUCUUGCUUAUUGUUCCAGGAUUAACCUGAAAGGGCAUCUUGCCCGGGAGCUCGUGUGGUUUCCUCUUAGCGAUCGAUUAUUCCCCUCACUGUCGUCGUUCAUUCGAGGUAAAAAUGGUGAAGUUUUGCGCGGGUAGCUUUCUGUUUCCGUACACUUGGGAUGUUGUCGCUCGUGGACUUUGGGUGCGAUACCCAAAUUCACAAAGUACUCACGUACUUUCUGAGGAUACUUUGGAACGGUACGUAGAGAACGGGAAGCUCUUUACGAGAAGGCUGCUCGUGAAAACAAAUCCUGCUCCGAAAUGGGCCGACAGAUUCAUUUCGAAGCGUUUUGUUAACAUUGUGGAAGAGUCUAUUGUUGAUCCUGAAGCACAAACCGUUGUAACAUACACGAGGAACAUCGGUUUUACUCAUGUUAUGAAUGUCGUGGAACGUGUAGUUUACCGGAAAACCGACCCUGCAAAGUUGGGCGAGGAAGACGGUUUUACGAUUGCAGAGAGAUCAGCAUGGCUUUCGUCUGGCGUACGCGGCUUUGCAUUCGCAAUCGAAAAAUUCUCUCUCGAGCGAUUCAAGCACAACACGAAGAAGGCCAACGCUGGCCUCGCAGAGUCUAUACAGCGAAUGCUUGGUGUACAUCCUGUGUCGAAAAUCGAAUCUGCUUCCAGUGGUGAGAAGCUUCGCGUUGCUGCCGCUGCCAAGGCAAAGGAGCUCAAGGAAUUGGCACGGUCGAAAGCAGAGCCGGUGUAUGCAGCCUGUCGGCAUCGUGAAGACGCUGUGUGAUACGGAUUGAAGGAUCCUCUUGAUCGCGCGCCGGAUGAAUUUUGUCUUCCCUUUUUUUGGCUUGGCUUUCGACGCGCAUAAACGCUGUGUGUGACUGUGGGAAAUUGAUCUGUUCAGUACGCGUCCUUUUCUUGAUAUCAUCCUGACGAGCAAUCGCGGAUUGUCCAAGAGAGUAGGUGGUCCAAGUUCGAAGAAUAAUCCUAGGUUUGAAUAAUUGGUAAUUUUAACUUCAACGGUCGACGUCCUGGGCGCGAUCUUGAAAAUAAUUAAAAUGAUAAUAACCCGGGCGCCGUCGUAUUUUUUCAUCGCGUGGGUGUCGCGGGACUUGCGAUCAUUUUGCUCGAUCAAAUCUUCUUCCAGGUUUGUUGUUACAGAUUUUGUUCAGAAUUUGGAGUAAACUCACGGUCAUGUUCGGUUAUUUUUGGUUAAGUUAGUGACAGGUGACAUCUUCCUGGCAUAUCAGGAAGUUAAAUUAGGCGAAUAAGUUAAAUUUAUUCUGUGGUGACCGUACUGUACGUAUGAUGCGAUUGCGUCGAAACUCAUGUCAUUGAGUUAUUUGAAGACAUAUUCUCGUGUCGCGAGGGUGAAUAUUUUUCCGGGUUCGUGAUCGGUGUGAGCGAAGACUUCUGAUAGAUAAGCAAGAUUUUGGAAAGACUUGGAAGUGUGAAAUGAGUGAAUCGUAGAAUUUGUUCGCUGACAAUUUGAUUUAUCCCUCGGGAGGGCUUAAGGUUGUUAGUUCGGUAUACGCCACAUGGUGCAAUAAUGUGUUCCUUUGUUUUGAUUCAGUGUUGCCAUUUUCCUUUCGUUGCCUUUUGUUUUUAGCCCUCUCGACAUCAACAAAUGUUUAAAGGGUUGAGUUUAAGCGCCUCUUGUAAAUUUUUUAUGAAGUGUCAUUCAUGUAAUGGGCAGUUUCUCGAGAUACUUUACGCUUUAAGAUUGCGCUGGCGUUCUUCUGUGUCACGUUAGUUUUACCUGUUCGUUUUUUGUUUUUUCAAUUUUUUCUUUUUGUUUUGAUCGGUUUUGUUUUUGCCUUGGUCUCGCUAUCCUUGAGUAUUAGCUAGAAUUAGAUGCUUUUUUGUGUCGGGGCAGUCUUGAAAUUACAGGCGCGUAUAAUUGAUGAUUGAUUGCUUUCAUGAUGGUUGAUUCUGUGAUUUCUGGGGAAGGUGGAAACUUUUUGACUUGGUCGUCUGGAAGUUGUUUCGCGUGCUGGGCGUUGUAAGUCUGCGUCGCAUUCCUCUCAUCCUGGGAAUCAAUUUGGACUUCGGGUAUUCCAACAAAGAAAUUUAAUCCCGCUUCAGAGUUGUGACGAUCACGGCUCUGUGAUGCUGGGAAUAGGAUGAAAA